CCGUUUACUAAGCAUAAUACAUCCCGGUUUGGUUCAGGGUGGAGUUAGAGGAGUAGUGGGGUCCCAAACGGCCUAUAUGCAGGGCAUGUAUAACGAAAAAUCAAGGUGUAGACGCUCUCAAUCUACCAAGGGUCUUUUCUGCCGAUUGAAACAUCUUCAGAGGCUCUUAUCUACAUCCAGCACAAAUCCCUUGACAUAUUGUGUAACGAAAGAAGUCACACGCAGCAUAUAAUCAUGAAUAAUGCCCAUAUUCCACAAGUAUCUGACUCAGUCGAUAAGCUUGCCAAAGUCAUCAAUGAGAAGAACAAAAUCUUGGAUUUGUUGAAGAAAGAGUAUGAAAGAAAGCUCCAUGAAGUUGAGUACUAUUCAGCCGUUUUGAAAGCUCAAAUGCAGUCCCAUGGUAAGGAGCUAGAACCCUCCUAUGGAACGCAGGUAGAUGGACAGUCCACUCGGACAGACUUGUUCGAAAUCAGCAGAUGUCUAGAGAGUCAAAAGUGCCAAAGCUGCGACCUGGAGAUUUGGAACAUAUCUCAUAUCGAUAAAUUUCCAUACUUAUUAAUCCCCAAAGUUGAGAGGAUACCACCACUAGUUAAGGAUGAGUCGGGCUUAGAGCUCGCUAACCAACUUGAGACACGACUCAAGCUCACACCAUCCAAUUCGCCACCGCUUCUAAAUGGAGGCGUUCUACAACAAUCCCCAAACCCAACGAAUCCUAGAUACUUGAAGAAGAUGUCCAAGAAGACGUGUUCAUAUUGCAAUUCAACUGGCCAUUCAAGGGCCAAGUGUCCUAUCAGAUUAUGCAACGGUUAACUAAGAUACGAAGAUGCUAUAAAUAUUGUACUUGUGGAGUUGAUUCAUGGACUAAAGUCACACACAGGCUACCUCUCUUCUACGAUGUACGCUGGGCUCGAAUCUCACGGUAAUAUACAUUGACAGAGACCCGCCUAUGGACAAGAUAUGGAAGCACAAAAGUUGCAUUCAGGUACAAUACUAUGUUAACGGCUUUUGAUGCACCAUACGAAAUACUUCAUGAAUGGCUUGACGUUGAAAUUCAACUGACUCUUAAUCACGCAUUAAGUGUUCAAGUGUACGUGCAAUAUUCGGUCCUUAUUAGAAGUUCCUUAAUCACUUGUUUCGUUUUCUAGAAGCAAGCAUUCAGCUCUUGUGGUACCUAAUCGUCAUUUCCAAGUGGAGCACGAAGGUUUAGGCAAGCAUCUCCAAUUAUUAUAUACAAAUUUCACAGCACGUUAUCUAGUUAUCCUCCUUUCCAAUAUGUUACCCCCUUGGUGUAUCACC